CCUAACUUCUGAUGAUAACAAGAGGCAAGCUCAACUAAAGAUUGACACGUUCUUGAAAGAUUAUAAGGCUCUUAAACCCUCGAGAUAUUCAUACUCAGAUAUUAAGAAGAUAACCAACAAUUUUACUACCAUGAUCGGCAAGGGUGGCUAUGGCAUAGUUUACAAGGGAAAGCUCUCAAAUGAUGUUCAUGUAGCUGUUAAAGUCCUCAAUGAUGUCAAGGGAAACGGGGAAGAGUUCAUCAAUGAGGUGGGAACCAUGGGAAAUAUUCACCACGUCAACGUAGUACGAUUGGCCGGCUAUUGUGCCGAUGGAUCCAAAAGGGCGCUCAUCUACGAGUUCAUGAUGAAUUAUUCACUCGAGAAGUUUAUAUCUUCCGAGGGGAAGAAGAAAUCUCUUGGGUGGAAGAAGCUAGAAGAAAUUGCUUUGGGAAUAGCCAAAGGAAUCGAGUAUCUUCACCAAGGGUGUGAUCACCGAAUCCUACACUUUGAUAUUAAGCCACACAAUGUUUUGUUGGACAGUAACUUUGUCCCAAAAAUCUCUGAUUUUGGUUUGGCCAAGCUUUGCUCUAAGGAACAAAGUGCUAUUUCCAUGACUAUUGCCAGGGGUACCAUCGGCUACAUUGCACCCGAAGUUUUCUCUAGGAAUUUUGGAAAUGUGUCGUAUAAAUCUGAUAUCUACAGUUUUGGAAUGCUCUUACUGGAGAUAGUAGGAGGAAGGACAAAACCUACAGAUGAAGACAAGAGUGAAGCUUACUUUCCGGAGUGGAUAUACAACCGAUUGAAUCGAGGAAAAGAGUUAGCCAUUGAGAUUGAACAUGAAGCAGAUGAAAACUCGAAAAGGAUCAUAAACAAACUGACUAUUGUGGGACUUUGGUGUAUUCAGUGGUACCCGAGCAAUCGGCCUUCCAUGAAAGCAGUAGUUCAAAUGUUAGAAGGCGAUGGAAAUGCAUUAACACUCCCUCCAAAUCCAUUUGUCUCUACGGAUUCAACCGCUAAUAAGGGAAUCAUUCGCAGGGAAACUUUUACUAGCAGUUUAGAAGUUAUAUCUGAAUCUGAAUCUGAAUGAAUUAUUCUAGUUUCAACCUGUUGUUUGCUGCAAUGUGUCUUGAACUUUUACGAUUAUUAUUCAAUUUCAACUUA